AUGCCAUCAGGUCGUUUACUCAAAAUUGAAAUAUCAGAUUUUUUGUCAUUUCAUGGAAUAACUGUGAUUGAACUGGUCGAUAAUUGUCAAUGGUUAACAAUACUAGAAGACAAUAAAUUAGGCCAAUCCAAUUUUAUUGAUGCCAUUUUAUUUGCACUUGGAGAAUUACCAAAUGAUUCAUCACACAGUUUGGAAAGUUUUAAAUAUAAAGAUGAAAAUGGUCAUCAAGAUCCAAGAAGAAAAAUUAUUGAUUCAAUCGUUAAUCAAACAUCAGAAGAAAGAACAUUAAUUUUUGAAGAAAUAUGUGGUUCAAUUAAGUAUAAAGCAAAAUAUGAUCGAUUAAAAAAAGAUUUAAAUUCAGAAGGAUCAGAAGAAGAAAGUUUAAAAACAACAUUAAAUAGAGUAAAAACAAAAGUUGAUCAUCUUAAAAAAUCAGUUGUUAAUAUUGAAGGACUUAAAGAUUCGCUGCAUAAAAAAACCAUGGAAUAUUAUUCAUUUGAAACACACUAUCUUGAGAAAGAUCUUGAAAUGAUGAAAAAAAAAGCAGCUGAAGUUUGGACAACAGUAGUCAAUGAGAUUGUAAUAAAACUUGACGAAUGUAUUGAAAAAUUGGCUCCAUUUAAAAAAAUAUCACCAGAUAAUGAUGAUACUAAUAAAAAUAAUGGAAUAAAUAUAUCUAAAAUUUGUAAAGAUUUAUUACCAAGUCAAUGUAUAGAUAUUCCAAGUAUAAAAGCAGAUCGAAUGAAACUUGAUCGAAAAUUUGAUGAAGUGAUAACAUUAUUUAAAAGCAUAAAUGGUGUAACAAAUGUUAAAGUCAAUAAAAAAUUACAAUUUGAUAUUGAUAAAAAUAAAUUAGAUAAAAAUAAUGAUGCAGAAAAACAAAUUGAAAUAUUAAGACAAAUGAGUUUACAAUUUGAUGCUUGUAUUGAUAUAAUAUCAAUGGAAAGGGAAAAAACAUCAAAAAUAAAAAUUCAUGAACAAGAAAAAUUAAAUACAUUAAUAAUGGAUGAUGGAGUUUGGAAAGCUGCUGUUGCGAUAAUAGAAAAAGAUAAUAAUGAUUAUGAAAGCGAUGAUGAAGAUCAUGCUUUUACUUACGAUAAAAAUAAAAAAAAAAAAUAUAAAUUGCCUGAUGAAUUCCUAAAUAUAACAGACGGUAUUCAAAAAGAUAUUGAUACAAUGAAUAGUGAAAUGAAUCAUUUGGAAAAUAAAAUUAAAAAAGUUUCUAUAAAUUCUAGCAUACGUAGAAAAUUUAAUUCUAUUAAGAAUAAUAGAAGUCAAUGUUUUAUGAAUUUUUUUUGUCAACUUGCUAUUGAUGUCAAUGAAAUAUAUUCGAUGCUAAGUGAUGGAAAAGAUGAUAACAGUGUAAAAUUUGUUUGUGAAAAUCCAGAAGAGCCAUAUUUGGGUGAAAUACAAAUUGAAUAUACAGACGAAUUAAUUGAUUCACUUGAUGAAAAAAAUAAAUCAUUAGCUGGCCUGGCACUUUUAUUUGGCCUUAGUAAAAUAAAUCAUUUACCAUUUUUGUUGCUUGACAAUAUUGACGAUCAGCUUGAUGAUAAACAAUUUUUAUGUUUGAUGAAUUAUCUCAUGCGGCUUAAAACAAAUCAACAAAUUAUUUUAAUAAAAAAAUCAUUCCACGAUAAAAUCUACGAGUGUGCUGACAUUGUCAUCUUCAUUGGAAAGGAUACUGAAGAUGACAACGCUAUCGAGAAAAAAUUCUUUUUGAUAAACUUGAUAUUUGCAAGAACAAUUGAGAGUCUGUCUGAUCUAUCAGGUGAUGAUGAACUUUUAAAAUUUCCUGAUGAUUUGAUGAUUGGUGUUGCAAGCUCGGCUUUCCAAACUGAGGGAGCAUGGGAUGUUGAUGGUAAAUCACCAAGUAAUUGGGAUGAGUUUCGAUACAUGAAUGGCAAAAAUAACUUUGUCAAUGCUGACAUUGCUUGUGACUCCUAUCACAAAUACAAAGAAGACAUUAAACUUGCUGCAAAUGGAAACUUUAAAAUUUUCCGGAUGUCAUUGAGCUGGUCAAGAAUAUUACCAACUGGUUCAAUUGAUAAUAUAAAUUAUAAUGCAAUAAACCAUUAUAAAAACGUUUUAAAUGAGGUCAAAAAACAAGGAAUGAUACCAUUUGUCACACUCUAUCACUGGGAUCAUCCAGCAAUAUUUGAUAAGUUCGGAGGAUGGAAUUCUGAAAAAAUGAUUAUUGCUUUUAAUAAUUAUGCUCAGGUUGUAUUUGAAAAUUUUGCUAAUAUAGUUAAAUUUUGGUCAACAAUUAAUGAACCAAUUGCAUAUUGUUAUUAUGGACAUGGAAAAGGUGAAUUACCACCUGGUGAUACAUUCAAUGGAAAGGGGCCUUAUAUUUGUGGACACAAUAUGCUUGUAGCUCAUGCUCAAGUUUAUCACAUGUUUAAAAAUAAAUUUAAUAAUUCAGACAGUCAAAUUGGUGUUGUCAAUGUUUGCUGGAAUUUUUAUCCAGCAAAUUCAAGUGAACCAGAAAGUGCUGAUAUUGCAUUUGAGUAUAACUGUGGAUGGUUAUCAAAUCCAAUAUUUUCAAAAGAAGGUGAUUAUCCAGACAUCAUGAAACAAAGAAUCAAGGAAAAUAGUUAUUUAGAAGGUUUAUCAACGUCAAGACUACCUGAAUUAUCUAAAUCAAUGAUCAAAUUAAUUAAAGGUACAUCUGAUUAUUUUGGUCUCAAUUAUUAUACAUCAAAAAUGGCUACUAAUGUUAAAAAAACACCAUCCGAAAAAUGGUUUGAAGACUCAGGUGUUAAUAUGACAAUAAAUAACGAGUGGCCAAUAGAUGUAGCAGCUUGGUUACCAAUUGUUCCUGAAGGUCUCGGAGAUAUGUUGAGAAUUAUUAAAAAUAAAUACAAUAAUCCACCAGUUUAUAUAUUAGAAAAUGGCAUUCCAUCAGAUGGAAGUAGUUAUGAUUUGGUACGAACAAAGUAUUUUUAUUCACAUAUGAAAGAAAUGCUUAUUGCUAAAAAUCGUGAUGAUUGUAAUGUCAAGGGAUAUGUUGUUUGGAGUUUAUUAGAUAGUUUCGAAUGGCUAUUUGGAUACAGUCAACCACUUGGUAUUGUUCAUGUGGAUCACAAUAGUUCUCAACGUACAAGAACACCAAGAACUUCAUUUUAUUGGCUAAAAGAUAUUAUACAUCAAAGAGCACUGCCAAGUACUUUCAUUACACCAAACAAAACAUAUAAAUAUUAA